AUGCAAGUUUCAGGAGAGAUUCAGGAACCGUUUGAUCUCAUCAGACUUUCGCUCUCUGAACGGGUCAUGGUCAAGUUGCGAGGCGACAGACAGCUCUCAGGCGUUUUACAUGCUUAUGAUGGACAUAUGAAUAUGAUCCUCAGCGAUGUCGAAGAGACUGUGAUGAUUGUGGACCCAGUGCCAGAGGGCGUCAAGCCUUCGAUACGAGUCGCAAAAAGGCAGAUCGAAAUGCUAUACGUGCGAGGCGAUGGUGUGAUUCUGGUAUCACCACCUCAGAGGGAGUAG